GCUUAUCAGUGACAGAAGAAAGGCUUAGUUGUCAUCUUAGGAAUUUCCACGACGUCUUAUCACCUUCUCUAUGUCUCCAAAACCAGUAAAUGAUACCUUACAACUUCACACCACAUGAAGAUGAUAUGAAUAAAUCACAGCAAGAAGACAAAUGAAGUAGAAUUCCACCUUAACAGCAGCAGUCUCUGGCCCUUUCACAAUUUAUCGUCAGUUUAAGCGCUGGAUCUCUAUGGCAGAUCACACAGAAGAUAAUGAUCCUUUCGAAGAGGACAUUGUCUUUGACCAAGCGGGCCUCCUCGGGGGGAAGAUGCCACGGUCGAGACAGCAAUCCACCGUGGGGUUCUUACCUACUUUCAUGCUGUUCAUUAGGACCGUUUUCCUUUGUAUAGCCUUUAUUGGUUUGGGGCUAUGUGUAUCCGUAAGUGGAGGUCCUCUGAUAAAAUUGGAACUAGGAGUGGGCAUAUCAGUAGACACAGCAUUCCACACCUUCACAGCACGUUCUGUUGGCACGCUCUUUGGAGGAAUCUUAGGUUCAUUGCUGUUUGAAGUAUACAAUCGCCAGUUCCUGAUGUUUGUCAGCUUGGUAUGGGUAGCCGUGUGCGUCACAGUCAUGCCCUUCACCGUCGCAACAGCCCUCUGGUGGACAUUUGCAACAACCGCUGCCUUGGGAAUGGGACUGGGCUUUUUGUUCACAGGAGGAAAUGUCCUUUGUCUAGACUUGUGGGGCCGUGCUGGUGGUGCUUCCCUGCAAGCACUACACUUCAGUUUUGCAGUUGGAGCUUUUAUCGCACCACUUGCAAUUCAUCCAUUCUUUGUUGGUUUGCAUCCUUUUGAGAUCCAAAGCAAUCAGACUCUAAUGGAGACCACAGCUAUGACAGAGGCUCCACAUAUUCCAAGGUUUGUCCGAAGUUUGCAGGAUGAUGUAUAUAAUGCUAGCUAUAGUGAAGAACAGUCUUUGGGGAAUCUUACCAAUGAAAAGAUUAAACUUUUAACACUACCUAAGAGCACAACUGAAGACACCAUAUUAAUAGUUAAUAGCACAUCUGAUCAUCUCUUGACAUCAUUAGAGAAUGAAAAUGAUACAUCAGUGACUGUGGAACCAGAUUAUACCUUGCCAGAGACAACAACUAGUGCAAAAGCUGCAUCUACAAAACCCCCAAUGAAGAAACCCAAUUUUACGGAUGGGAAUGCACUGCAUCCUGAUAGUGAUACAAAAUGGAAGCGACCACCCUCCAGAGAUCAAGGGAAAACAAAAGUAAACCCACCUAAACCUCAACAAGAGCCGUCCAAAAAUCAAACUCUGGAAAUUUCCGUUCCAACUGCAGCAUCUGUUGAAGCUGAACAGUCAACAGAGGGUUCUGGUGAUAAUGAUGCCACUUCAUCAGAGGUGCACAUCACAAUGAUACCAGAGCAAGUUGAGGAAGCUGUGCAGACUGAAAACCAACCUGAGGUGAAUGAGACUACAGUUGAAACAGAAGAUUCUUCUGUUAAAUUGCCAACUGUCCUCCCAAGUACCACAAGCACGCCUAAACCUACAACUGUUGAGAUCACUUCUGCAACUACCGCUGCUGCCACUUCCACAACCACUUCUACUACUACUACAACUGCUACUACUAGUACUACAACUACUACUACAACCACAACGACCACCACCAUAACUCCAGCAACCACAGUUGUUACAACCCAUAUGCCAGAGACAACAGAGGAUCCCGAUUUACCUCUUGUACCUUACUCCAAGGAACUAGCAGAGCAAGAAGAUCAUGAAGACCAUUUAAGGGAAAAUUUGGAAGAAGACAUUGAAGCUCCAGAGAAUGUGGAUGGUGAAAAUAUGGAUGAUAAUUCUGAAGAGGAACCAGAGGCUCAGGGCCUACAGGAGGCUUUAGGUGAUGAACCAAUCAGCGAGGAGUCCUAUGAGGAUGAACAAAAUAAGAGCGGGAUAUCAUCAGUUAUGCAUUCCCAGAAGCCUGGUACCUAUAGUAUUGGAAGUGAUGAAAAUAAUAAAUUUUUGGAUGAUAUGGCAAAGCGUUUUAAAGAUUAUGGAGUGACCAAAGUCCACUUAGCCUAUAUAUGUAUUGGGAUUUUUAUUAUUCUCAAUGCAUUAAUAUCAGUUGUCAUCCUUUGCCACAAUCCACGGGAACCAAGAUCGAAGCAGGAUGAUGGAAGCAUGGGUGAAAUCAACAAAAGUAGAGUCCUUGUCUUCAUGGUCAUAUUUUCAGUGUUCAUGUUUAUGAGUGAAGCAUUGCAAGGGGCAGUGCAUCACCUUUUAGCUACAACAGAUACUGGCACAGGACUCGAUGUUAUUCAGAAUACUGGCAUAGAUGGUCAGGCUCUCUUCUGGGGCCUAGUGUGUUUGGUGAGAUUUCUCUGCAUAUUAGUUUCUGGAUGUUUGAGACUGAAACCAGGAAAGCUCUUGACAAUAUCUAUUCUGUUUGCAGCAAUGGGCUCGGUCUUCUUGGCCAUUGGUUCAUAUGGGAAGGAUGAUUUUCUCUGGUCUGGCAUUAUUUUCAUGGCCCUUGGUCUGGCUCCUAUCUUACCAACAAGCCUCCUUUGGAUGGCGCAGUACAUGAGAGUGACUCACCGUAUGUGUGCUCUUAUGAUCAUAUUGGCUUCAUUCGGAAAUUCCCUUACACACUCACUCCUUACAAAGGUUGUGGGCAAUUCACAUGUAUAUCCAUUUAUCCUUGUAACAGUCAGUUUUGUAUCUCUCUUCUGUUUGUUGUUAUCAAUGUGUGUGAUUUACACUGCCAGGCGAAGUCGAACCCUAGGCGUGCCAGCAGGAUACCAGCUGGCAAAUCAGCAUGAAGAAGAGGAUAGCAUUGAACUUACCCCUUCUGGGAGUGCAGUAUUUACUCCCAGCGACCCACCUGUAAGAGAGAAUGGGGAAGCUGGUCAGUCACUCUUGAUAGAUUAGCAACUGAUGAUUCAUGUAGGUCUUAUCUUUAUUUUGUAAUGCAUUGAUGUGAAUAUCUUUAGAUUAAUCAACCAUUUAGUAAAUCUAGUCCUUAUUUUCAUAUUAUAUCAGUUCUGAAGAGUAUAAAACAGCAUUUUAGAUGAACAUUAAGUUUUGGAAAAUCACAAAGCAGCAAUUCUUUCUAUGGAGAUUAUUAAACAACUGUGGUGAUACAAAGUGAUACAAGGCUUUAUGUUUUCUUAAUUUUAUUGAAUUGCAUCAUCUGUAAGGUCAUUAGAGUUAGGUAAUAAAAUGAAAGACAUUCCAAUGCUAGGUCCAGGGAAUUCAUUCUUGUCUAGUUUUACAUUAAGGACUAGACUAGUAUGUUUUUUUGUAUUUCUUUUCUUUUCUUUUGCUUGUUUUUCAUGUUUGAUGUCCGAGAAGAAAGGGAGGUUACAGUUAUAUGAUAACUUCAGAGGGUUAAAUAAGUAUCUGACAGCAGUGUGUAACUUUUUAAAUUUUUAUGUAUUAUUUGGCCAAGGAUCUCGAUGCAUUUAGUAUGUAAAGUCUUUAUUAACCCUUUUUGUCUUUUAUUCUGUAUAUUUGUGAAACUUUUUUUUUUUUGUACAUGCAGAUAAUCAGGGAAGAUAUUGAUUCAGUGAUCAUACUGUUUAUGCACAUAUUUUUUUACUUGUAUUUAGAUUAUUUUUCCUAAUGUUCUGCUUUCUUAUUUAUAAGGAAUGGUGCCAUAUGCAGCUUGAUACUGGGGAAACAAAAGUCCAUUGCAAUGGUUGAUGUGCAAUUUUUCUAUUUUACUUAUUGGGAGAAUUUCAUGUUGAGUGUAGCAAGUGAACGAAAAAAAGCUUCCAGAUGCUUUCAUGUAAUAAAAUAGUUUAUGGUAUCUACAUAUGUUUUAUGGCCCAAACACUGAAAGUCAAAGACUGUAUUUGAGGAUGAUAUUUCACAACCCAGUAACUGGCAAACAUUUGAUGGAGAGUACAUAUCUGUGACAUGCUUUCAUUCUUUCAUUCUCUUUUUCAUUUUGAUUAAUUAAAUAAUUAAUCUGGUGCUCCCAUAUCUGCAUUAUGAUCUGUUCCUGUCACCCAUGCAAACUCAUGUUGGUUUUUCCUAUACUUACUUUACUUUUUCUUGUGCUCUUUCAUAUCACAAGCAAUUUUUCCCCUCUUUUUCUCUCACUCUCACAGAAAACUUAAUUGCUCAGUUAUUGGGUUAAAAAAAAAAAAAGAAUUUGAUUUUAAAAAAUGAUUAUGAUAUACUAUUAUUUUUCUAAAUGCUUAUUACAAAUGUCAGUUCUGAAAAAGAACAAUUGAUUUGUUUGUGUUCACUGUCUGCGUUUAUCAGCAAUGACACAUUUCUAGAUAUGAGAACAGACAGUAAGGUGAGGUAAGAUGCAGGCAGUUUUGGCGUCAUAUUCUUCCGAGUAGUGCAUAUCUGGUAAUAAAACAGGGAUUAAUCAUUAAUACUUCAUACAGGUGUUACUGUAUUCUGAGUGUCAUAUGUUUGUAGAUAUCUUGCUUAGAGUUAUAUAUCUUAUGUCUGUAUUUCACUAUGCAUAAUGAAAUUGGAAUGGAUCAAGCAUUUUAUUUUCUAUGCACAUUCAUGAGCAGUAUAAAGAAGAAAAGAAUACAUUUGGUAGUGUAUCUGAUAAUUAAGUAGUAAUAUGUUUGCAAGCUUACAAGAUAUAUAUCUAGAUACAAGAUCUGGGUAAAAGCGCACAACAACAGGGUAUUAGGGCACUAUAAUAGGAGGACAGUGAAAGUUAUAUGUGAAAAUUAAUACAUACAAAGAUUGAUGCAUGUGAUUGUACCAUUAAUGCAAUGUGAAUGUCUUAGGAAGAUAUUGUUUUCUUCUGUAUAAUACUAAUCAGAUUUAACAUGUACAUGUUUCCAAAAUCUCUUGUUAAAACAUUUCAACUGUGUCAGUAUCAGAAAGUACGUUUUCAAUUAUCUACCUUUGAUACAAUCUUCCUAUAAUCAUGAGAUUUUGAUUGAUAGUGAAAUAAAACUUUUACAAUAUAUA